CCAAUCGCAGCGCUGGGUCAGGGAACGGCGGCGGCCCCGGAAGUUCAGUCCGGGUGUCAGACGGUUUUCCACUUUCUCUUCGGGUUCUUCGGGUUCUUUACGAUCUUCGGGUUCCUCACGUUCUUCGGGUUCGGUGGGAGGACCAACAUGUCUGCGCUGGGCGCUGCCUGCGGGAAGGGGGCCAAAGCUUCCUUCGUUUCAUACGUCAUCCCGGAGGAAAUCAAAGCAGAGAAAGACUUUGGCAAGCAGGACAAAACGCCGACCCUCCUGCCAGGUGAGGUGGUGUUCUGCGGAGCCUCCAAGGUGCUGCGCUACAGGCAGGAUGAUGUGUCCCAGCACGGGCUGUUCGGGACGCUCGUCUGCACCAACUUCCGCCUGGCGUUCGUCAGCGACCAGGACCCAAGCGAGGAGCUGGAGAACCUCUUCAGGAACAAAAUGUACGGAGAGGACGACAUUCCUCUGGCCUGUGUGGACAACAUCUAUGGAGUGUAUGAAGACAAGAGGAAGUUGAUCACCGGAGGAAUGGUGAAAAAUAAGAUUCCCUCUAAACUCGUGAUCCACUGCAAAGACCUGCGCGUGUUUCAGUUCACCCUGACCUACUGCCUGGGAGAGGAGGCCAAGAGGAUCUUCCAGGGCAUCACCCAUCACUGCCUUGAGCCGAAGUCUCUGAGGAACCUGUUCGCCUUCUCCUUCUGUGAGCUCAACAGUUUCCCCGAGAUGAAGAGGCAGCAGAAGACGCUGAUGUUCGAGGUUCUGGACGACUGGGCCCAGGAUAUGAACCGCCUCAGGGGAGCCUGCCGAUUGGUCGAUGAGAACGCAGAGUUUGGCCUGUCACCCAGCCUGCCUCAGUUCUUCAUCGUUCCUUCAAACGUCUCGGAGGCUGACCUCAACCCCUUCCAGGGCCACGGGCUUCCAAUGUGGUGCUGGUCCCACCCCAGCGGCUGCGCUCUCUUCAAGACCUCCGCUCUGCCCGCCGCGGUCCUGCAGGAGGACCCAGUCGCACAGGCCUACAUGGAGAAGAUGCUGACCGCGGUGGCUCAUAACUACCUGUUCUCGGUGAAGACGGAGGACCUCUCGGACACCCUGCCCUCCGUCACCGAUAUCCAGCUCGCCUACAACAAGUUCAAACACUUCUUCCUCAUUGAGAACACGACAGACUUCUGGGUCUCUGACGUGAAGUGGCUGUCCUCCCUGGACGGCUGUGGCUGGUUGGACAUCGUCAGGCAGUGUCUGCAGAAGGCGAUGGAGGUGGUGGAGUGUUUGGAGAAGGAAAAUGCCAACGUCCUGAUCAUGGAGGAGGGUGGCUCGGACCUGUGCUGUGUGAUCUCCAGUCUAGCCCAGCUGAUGCUUGACCCGUUCUACCGCACGCUGACCGGCUUCCAGAGCCUGGUCCAGAAGGAGUGGGUCGCGGGGGGGCACCGCUUCAUGGAGCGCCUCAACCAGCUGCACCUCAAGGACAAGGAGGAGGUGUCCCCAGUCUUCCUCCUCUUCCUGGAGGGUGUGAUGGUGCUGCUCUCCCAGUACGGCCCCUCCUUCCAAUUCACUGAGACCUACCUGACGGUGCUGUCAGACAGCCUCCACCUCCCUGUGUUCUCCACCUUCCUGUUCAACUCCCAGCACCACCGGCACAUCUACACCCAGGCGGAGUCUCCUCACUCCCCUGGCAGCGUACGGAGGUGUCCCGUGGUGUGGGAUUGGUCGGUCCAGUUUGACUGCAAGGCUCAGGAGCUCUUCAUCAACCCUCUGUACACCGAGAAGAGCCGGACCCAGCGGGCUUCUCAGAGGUCCCAGCUGCACAAGCACCAGAGACACCUGUCGCUGCCCGGCUCGGGGUUCAAGCUGUCCCCGAAGAGGGGCUUCUUCAAGGACGAGGCGGACAGCCUGAAGAAGAUCCUGCGUGUGAAGCGUCUGAGCCGAUGGAUGCUGUCCCCGGAGCCCGGCUCCUCCUCCUCGCGGGACUUCUACCAGGCCUGGCAGUGCCGGCCGCUGGACUACCACGGCCUGCUGCUGCCCUGCGUGGACGGGCCCUGGCUGCGCCUGUGGAUGCAGCGCUACCUGCGCUGGGUGCAGGAGGUGCAGAUCUUCGGCGGCGGCCUGGUCACCGUCCUCAGCCGGGUGUACGGCCUCCUGGAGGAGGUGAACGCGCUGCGCAGAGAGCUGGACCACCGGGGCGGCGCCGGCCGGUCGGCCGCCCGGCCCCAGAGGCCCAGAGCCCCCGGGGGAGAGGCCCCGGGGCCCCAGGUCCGCCUGUCCUCCUCCUUCCCCUUCAGCGGCCUGAGGAGCAGCUCCUCCUACAAGCCCUCCAUCCCCGACAGCCUGCUACACGGCCUGGGGCCGUCCGGGGGGCUGGGGGAGGGCGGGGAGGAGCUGGACGACGCAGGCUCUGUGGUCUGAGGUCCGGCUCACCGCGGGAGAACCGGCUCACCGCGGGGGAACCGGCUCACCGCGGGGGAACCGGCUCACCGCGGGAGAACCGGCUCACCGCGGGAGAACCGGCUCACCGCGGGAGAACCGGCUCAGAGGCUGUUAUUAUCUCUGGGGCCCCGGGAGCAUCCGGGGCCUUCAUCAAACAACCCAUUAGAGAGAACCCUUUCCUUCAGGAGGAGGGUAGCAUGAAGCCUCAGGGACAGCAGCAUUGGAUGAACUGUUCCUUCUGGCUGCUUAACGCUGUCUGCGGUCCCGGGGCCCGACUGAUCUAUGCACUAGAGCCAUGAGAGCAAUACCGCCGCUGUCCACCAGGAUCCAUAGCCAGUACUGCGUGUCUGGGAUUUUAAUCCAAUUAACAAACUAAGCCAGGAUUUAAGGGUUUCUAUGGACUUCAGAAGUUUCCGGUGAUUGGUUUGUCUUUGUGUCUGUAAUCUGUCUGCUUGACUGCAGUGCCACCUGGUGGCGGGGAGAGGAGCGUGUUGAACCCCGCUCACGGGUUUGUGUGUUUGCUUGGGGAAACUUGUCUGAAUAUAUAUUAUUAUUAUAGCAGAGCUUGCACCAGUUAUAAUACAUUAGUCACCUUCAAUAUAUACACAUUCCACUUAAGUAACAAACCAUUUGAAAGUGAAUUCUGUUCCAAAGAUCUGUAUUUGUUUCACAUAAUUCUUUAUUUUACAAAAUUGUUUUUGUAUUAUUACAUUCAUACAGUGUUGAUGUUCUUUCCGUUUGAGCUGAAACGUAUUCUGUACAUAACGUCACCUUGGCUUUGAGGUCCCCCUUCUGUAAGUCCUCAUUCAAACAAGAUCAUGGAGUCAUUACAACAUGAAAUCAUGUAGUCAUUACAUCAUGGAUUCAUUACAUCAUGAAAUCAUGGAGUCAUAACAUGAACUCAUGGAGUCAUUACACCAUGAAAUCAUUACAACAUGAAUAAUUUGAACACGAGAUCAGAACGAGGUGAGAGUGAUCUUCUGAGCUGUGAACUCCUGUGACAGAGAGCCAAUGCCUUUUACUACUGAGCUCCUUCUGAUACGAUGACCGCUGGACUCCCUUAGUGACAUCCCGAGACCUCCGACAUGGGGAUGUCUCGGACUGGAAGCUGCCUUAGCAGAAGCUCAAUGUCCUUUUAUAAGCUUUGUUUCCACUACUGAUGUUUAAGCUUCAGUGAUCUUUAACCUGCCUUAGCACUGACACGCCUUUAAAAAACAAAGACUGAAGAUCAGGAUCUCAGAUCUGCUUCCAUAUUAAAUAAAGUUCUUUAUCCCAGCCCUCCUCUGGUCAAUGAAA